AUGUCCUUCCUCUUUGGCGGUCCCCCCAAAAUGUCCAGCGCGGAGAAAAUCGCCGCUGCAGAAACUGAAGUCGAAAUGGUCUCUGACAUGUUCAACCGUCUAUCCGAAUCCUGCACCAAGAAAUGCAUCCCGACGGAUUACAGAGAAAGCGACCUGAACAAGGGCGAAUCAGUCUGUCUGGAUCGCUGCGUCGCCAAGUUCUUCGAGGUCAAUAUCAAAGUCAGCGAGAAGAUGCAGGGUGAGGCUGCUGCCAACAGACAAGCUGGGGGGUUGGGAUUCGGUGCAUAG